CGAGGUGAGCUCUCAAUCGCGCGUUUCGACUCCUGGAGCACGAGAAUAAAAACAGUCUCGAUAGAAAAAAACGAAGCGCGAAGUUGCCGCGAACUUUUCCUCGAUCGGACAGCCCCUGCUGGACAUCAUCCCUCCUUAAGAGCCCUCCCACGCUCGUUACGUGGGACAGGAUAGAGGAGGAGAUUUUCAAGAGGGAUAUGCAUCGUUGCAAAUGUAGAGAAUGGACGGAAAUGAGUUCGGUUCCGAGUGUCAUAGUGGAUAUUUAGACGGGUCUAUCAAACUACCCGAGGGGUGGUCUUAAGUAUACCUUUACAUAUAUGCAUACCCACCAUUCAUACUUUCACGUGAAUUAGAUCAAUGUCCCAUAAUACUCCAUGCUCUAUUAAUACUCCGUUUGACCCACGAACCAUUGUGACUUCACCAUCGACGGUCAACGACGACCAAAACAUUAGGCGAGUCUCACUACACCCUCCAACCACGCUUCGAUGUUUACCAUUACCGAGAGCGUGCUCGUCCACCCUCGCACACGAAUGCUCGUGGUCAUUUGAGCCAUUUUCCGUUUCCCCUCGAUUAACACAGCUCGAAAAAGCCCAUUGAUUAAACAUCACGUUGCAUUCUGUGGCUCACUGUCUCCGGAAUAUCAAGAAAUUACUGUUCAAUUUUAACUCGACUUUACUGGGGUGCAAGUUAAUCAGGGAAAAAAAUUAAACUUCUUAUCCUUCUGCCUUUUCUUAAAAUAGUCCAUGAAAAUUGCAACCGUGGAAAAAUUGCUGGAAUACCCACGUACUCCCGCGCAACAGCCAGCUUCUUCGGGAUUAAAAAAUUUAUGGUCGCUCGAGCUGGUAAACCUUCGGAGCACAAACCCCCGGAGAUUCGAGCUUCUCGAAUAAUUCAUAAGUUCAGGAUAUUUAUUUUCCUUCUCACUCAUCCUCGACGGUGAAACCUUACGCACAACGAAUCGAGAUAAACGAAAAAUAAGUUUACGCAAUAGCGGUACAGAGUCGGGAGAAACGGGGAGGAAAUUUCUCGAGUUCUCAAUUAAAUAGUACUGUAACGAAGAAAUCAAAAAUCAAAGAUAUUCGAGACAAAAUAUAUAUGUAAGAAUGGAAGUGCCGGAGUGAGUGGGAGAGAGAGAGAAGCGUUCGACAAAAUAAAUACUUGACCAUUAUUUCAAGUGCAUUAGUGUAAUUUUUAUUGCAAUUAAGUAAAAGUUAAUGCGAGAGUGAGAGAAAUCGAGAAAGAGAAUAAAAAAGGUCGCUGGGAGAGGUGCGGCCGAGAAAGUACACAUAGAAAAGGUCAAAGCUCCGCAACGUGCUUUUGUUUAUUAUUACUGCCGAGCUGUGCAAAUGCUCUGUGUCGUAACGCGGUCCACAAUUUUUCGAGUGACCACCAAACGCGCGAGCUCAUUCGGGAAAAAAGUAAUUUCAAACUCAUUUAUAGCAAGGCACUUGAUUCAUUCAUUAGCGAAGUGCGAGUAGAGCGAGCAAGAUUCGAGGGAUCAAAGCGAUAAGUAAUACGACGACGAAAAAAAUUAGCUAUAGUAAUUCCUUCGUAAAAUUAUAAUCUAGCGAGACUGUUCUUCAAACACGUGCGCGAGGGGUUAAUACGGAUCAAAGCGAAAGUAAAACCUAAGAAUUUGUUGGCUCGAGACUCAAGAUAUUUUAUCGUUGAAAAUGAAAAUGAACUGUUGGGCUUUUUUUAUUUAUGAGAGAUAAUACGAAUUCAUUGAAAUAACUACACAAACGGCAGAGUCUUUAUAGACAUAUUCUCAAAGUAUUUAUAUUUUCAUUGUAUCAUAUAAUAUAUCUUCGAAAACAACAAGAAUAACAACAACUAAAAUGGGGCGAAAGUACAAGCAACGUAUGAUACCGGAACAGGAUCGUAGAAUUUGUGGGAGCAUAUGUUUCUGCCAAUUCACCAUUGUUAUUAGUUGCGUCGCUCUCGUCUACCUGAGCGUCGCGAUCUACAUGCCUUCCCACAGAGCGUUCAAUGCAGGCAUCGAACCAAACCCGGUGAUGUGCCAAACGGUAAACGCAACUCUGGUGAAUUAUUGCGCUUGGGCGAGCUGCGGCGAAUGGUGCUUGACAAAAACAACGGGUUUUUGUCCCCAAAUACACGCCACGGUGAGACGAAACGGGACAGAUCUGUCGUUGGAAAAUUGUACGAAGUUUACGAGCAUUCCGUGUCCCCAGGUUAAUCUGCAGAGUUUGAAAAGAUACAAUUGCAACAACGGGAGCGAGUGCAGCAGUCUCGUGGGUGUCUUCAACUGCAGCCUCGGGCAUUGCGCGAACAUGAGCGAAUUGAUGCUCUGCCAUCACAAGGCUGACGGGAUAGUGAUCGACAGCGAGAAGGACAACAUGAAGCUGAACGGCUUUUUCAGCUGUCAAAAUUCCCGCUGCACCAAAAUAAAACGUCCGUUCUCGUGCGAUCGUUACUGUCCGAAGAUCAGUACGUCGAACGUCAACGUUUUCAUGAUGCAGGAUGACAAUAUAUUCACUGCGAGAUGUUCCCGCGGUUACGCUCUCAAUCGAGCCAAUGGCAAUCUUCCUGGGGAACGUCUCGAGGAGCCGAAAAAAAUUUGGGACGAGGAAAACUCGAAGGUCGUCCUCGCCAGUUGCUUUCGCGUUACCAAGGACAACAACAACGUUAGAACCGAGGAUUGCGUCAAUGGCACGUUGAUCGAUGAAAACUCGAUAACUCAGCCGUACAUAAACUUCACAACAUUUCUAAAAAUGUACGAGAAAAGCCUCGCGAAUCCCAUUGAUCCUACUGACAACUACGUACCCUCUCAGCGAUCACUCACCAUCUACAAUACUUCGAGGCUCUACAUCAAUUUGGAGGGUUGCGUUAACACACUCAGAGGAGAGUGCCGUGACUUUCUCGCUAGUCACGGACGUGACGGUGACAAUCACACGUCGCAAAGCAGAUAUCCGUGUUAUUAUAACAAGAACGAUUCGUUCUUCGUCGUGGCACGUUUCGACCUGAAGAAAACAAAGACGGAGCUUUUGAUCGCAACUAUUGUGCCGAGCGUGCUUUUCGUCGUCAGCCUCACAACACUCGUAAUUAUAACACGAUCGGUAAAAGUUGGCGACGAUGCUAAAAUGCGAUGCAGAUAUUGCACCGAGGGACAAAACGUCGAAGGCGAAGACGAGGAUCUCGUCGAGGGUAGCUCCUCCACACCGGCCACCACCAUCGAGGAGAGUGAAAUACGUAGUUUGACACUUUAGCAGUUUAAGUCUCCAGCCAACAACCUCAGAAAUUACGAACGACUUCCCUUGGUAGACGCCGACGAGGUGGAAGAUUCGUUCUAACGCUUUUAUGGUCGUCCUGAGUUUGGCGAUCAGGCAAGAUAUUCUCCAACGAUUUGGCAGCCCGAUCCAAGGAUUGCGAGUUGUUUUACUUUGUACUCAUUUUUUUGAAAUUUUUUGAAAUUAUAUUCGAUCUUCGAUAUCACAAUUUCAUUCAAUUCUCGAAUAACCUUGGAAUGGAAUUCGAUUUGAGCCAAAUAGAGGACAGAUAAAGGGGAGAGAAUCGCCUAUCGAAAGCUAUUUGUACUGCAAACAAAAAGCAUCGAAAGGCUUAGUGAAUCGUGAGAAAAUAUGUCUGAAGGGGGAAUACAUGCUUAAAGCGAAAAGCUUUUCUCGAGGUGUUGAACACAAAAGCCUUCAUCCUCGCGCUAUGUCGGCGUCGUGUCCCGGUUAUCCCGGUUGUUUCGUCGAUAACGAUGGCCGCAGGCGUUCCCGAGCGACCUUAAACGCUCCUGGGAAAAGGGCGGUGCGUAGGAAAGAGGCGUAAACUGCUCCUGCAAGCUCGCGAAUAACGCGGGUUCGAAUACGUGGUAAUUUGUACUUUAAAGUGAAAAAAAGCCUCGAGGUCCAAAACCUUUCAUUACAAAACUUCCGGAGAUGUGAACUUCGCGUUUGAAACCCUUAUUUUCAUUGCGUCAUUUGUUUUUUCAUACAUUUACAAAUCAGACUGAAUUUUACAACUCUAAUAAAAACAAAAACUCACACAGAUAUCGAUAAACAAACAACACCACCAGCACGUUAAUUAAAUGGAAAUGAGAACGAAGCUUUACUAUUUUACACAAUCUGUAGAAAAACUUACACGUUACGAGUCUCAUUUCGUGAAUAAUUUGCAUAAUUAUCGUAUACACAGAGAGGUUUUGAUAUUUUUUCGAACCCCAUACCCCUGCAACAGGCUCGGGAACGACUCCAAUUUAUUUGAUGAAAUUCUUUUCCUUUUAUAGACUUAUUAUUGUGAAUUUGUCGACGAGAGUGACUUUAAUACACGUCAGUUCAUUCGUCAUUGAGAAAAGGAGCGAACGGUGUGUAAUUGAACGUCGUUAUCACGUCUGAAGGACAUUCCGUGCUUAGGAGAAAAUUGGGGUCGAUUUUGGCUCUGUUGAGGGGUCCACGUCCUGGCAAAUAUAAGAUAGAAAUGUUCGGUAUAAUAACUCGAUCAUAGAACAUGAUCGUUCGGUUUUAAGCAAAGUGUUUGAAAGGAAAGUAGUGUGAGAGUCAAUCGCUGUGGAGACAGAGAGAGAGAGAAAAUUUGUUGUACAAUGCUGUCUGGCUUGAACGUAAAGUUGUGCAUCUCCAUUGUUUCCCUGAGAAACGAUACAGAGAUGUGAUAAAAAGUAUCGACCACUGCACGGAAUCUUGAAAGUUCCUGCCACCGCGUGUAACGUUAAAUCUGAACUCGGUAAAUUGACCGAUCAAGCGAGCCUGAAUGCGAGUAUUUUUUUUACGUACGCAAAGCGAUUCGAUUGUAUUUAUUUACUCAGCUGAAUAUUCCAAGUGUUUGGACGAUCGUUGAAAUGUCUUUUUGAAUUUUUAAUAGUCAUUAAUCCUCAUUCGAUUUCGUUAGCAUAUACGCGCACAUGGAUUCAAUAAAUCUCCAAUGCCCCGGUAGUACUCUUUGUGCCUUCUUCCAUAUAUUUACAUGUAUAUAUUAAAUGCACAUGUUUAUAUUCAGCUAAACAUGAUAAGAAUAAAAAUAAUAAUAUUUCAAGUAAUAAAACCGUGCAAUAUCGUGCUAUUUACAUAAUGAUACAACGUGCGGUUUAAAGCAAAAGUAUGUACCAGAAAAUGAAAGAAAACUUCACUGCGUGACGAGGAAAAAUCCUCGUGGAAUAUGAAACAUAUUUGAUAAUCCGCCCUGGGCCCUAAAUCCGGUGAUUUACACAAAAAAUAGCUGUAAGAAGUCCACACGAGGUUGCAUCUCUCUUUCUGGCUACUUACGAGUUAUUCUCGAUACUAAUCUCGAAUAAAUAUACAAUUACGAGAAAGCAAAAAUAAAUCGAUAAUUUUUCGAUAUUAUAUACACGAAAACAUUUUUUAAACUCAAACUGGCCAUAAUUAUACAUUCUAAACUUGUUAAAAAAAACAUAUAUACCUGUCAUAAAAACACCUGCAAAUUAUAUAUCCACACACGCGUAUUAUACAAUGCCAUUUACACUGCGUUGGUGUUGACUAUUAUUAUUAUUAUUAUUAUUAUUAUUGUCGUUAUCAUUAUUAUUACUGUCAACUUUACAUCAUCUCUCUAUGAUAAUUCUAAGCCGUGAUGUAUUCACAUAGUUCUCGAUUCUCCGCUAUCUAUGUCGUGAGCUUUUAACGUCGCAAUAUAUUUCUACGAAUAAAAGUCUAUCGGCCAAACGAA